AUGGCUGCAUCAUUACACUCCACUGUCAGGCGCUCAGUCGCUACACUUACUACCACGGCCCUUAAAGCGCCAGCCCGUCAAACCAUCGCAGCUACAUCAGCUCUCCAGCGCGGAGCUCUCUCCGCAACAAGCCGAGGCCUCAGCUCAAUCUCCCAAAGCCGCCGUUCGCUCGCGCCUACAUGCGCGCUGAAAUCACACAGUGCAGUCACCUUCCACCGUCAAAUCCGCUGGAACAGCGACGAGUCCAGCAGUGACGAGCAUGUCCCCGUGUUCCGAAAAUGGGGCUUUGAAGACAUCAACGCUUCCCUCCCGUCCUCAACCCCCUCCCCAUCACACACCCCGGUAAUCCUCAUCGACGUCCGCGAACCCGCCGAACUCACCGGCACCGGCAUCAUCCCCAGCGCAAUCAACAUCCCGCUCGCCUCCCAGCCUGACGCGAUGUACCUGACUGCGGACGAAUUCGAAACGCGCUUCGGAUUCCCGAAGCCCAGCGCGGAUGCCGACCAACAGAUUGUGUUUUACUGCAAGGCCGGGGUGCGGGCGAAGGCAGCGGCGCAAUUGGCCGUUCAGGCGGGGUAUAAUCCGGAGCAGCUCGGUGUUUAUGAUGGGAGUUGGUUGGAUUGGGAGAAGAAGGGGGGAAAGACGGAGCGGUGGGAGGGUGGUGAUGCGUGA